GCGCGGUCGCGGGUGGGCGCAGGGGACCCGGCCCCCGACCUGGGGGCGGGGCCUGCGGCCGGCCGGCCCCCCUCGCCCCGCACCCCCUGUCGAGGCCCGGAAGGGGCCAGUCGCGCUUCCGUCUCCGCCGGGGAUGCACGGAGGGCGGAGCUGCGGCCCGAGGACGCGACGCGAGCCCAGUUCCGGCGAGGAGGCCGGCCAGUGACAGCGAUGGCGGCGGAGUCGGCGCUCCAAGUUGUGGGGAAGCUGCAGGCGCGCCUGGCCGCGAACCCGGACCCCAAGAAGCUAUUGAAAUAUUUGAAGAAACUCUCCACCUUGCCUAUUACAGUAGACAUUCUUGCGGAGACUGGGGUUGGGAAAACAGUAAAUAGUUUGCGGAAACACGAGCAUGUGGGAAACUUUGCCAGAGACCUAGUGGCUCAGUGGAAGAAGCUGGUUCCAGUGGAACGAAACACUGAGCCUGAUGAACAAGACUUCGAGAAGAACAGUUCCCGAAAGCGCCCGCGGGAUGCUCUUCAGAAGGAGGAAGAGAUGGAGGUGGACUACCAAGAGAACUGGAAAGCCUCUGGUAGCCGAUCCUAUAGCCCCAGCCCUGAGCACAGACAGAAAAAACACAGAAAAAUCUCAGAGCUCGAGAGACCUCACAAGGUGUCUCACAGUCAUGAGAGGAGAGAGGAGCGAAAGAGGUGUCACAGGGUGUCACCAGCUUAUUCCUCAGACCAUGAAUCUUCUGAUUAUGGCCACGUUCAGUCCCCUCCAUCUCAUACCAGUCCUCGUCAGAUGUACGUGGACCAUUACAGGUUCCCAGAGGAGGAUCAUGAGCCCAUUGUUUCGCACCAGAAGCCUGGAAAAGGCCACAGUAAUGCCUUUCAGGACAGACUGGGAGUCAGUCAAGAACGACACCUGGGCGAACCCCAGGGGAAAGGGGUUAUGAAUCAAAACAAGGAGCACAAAUCUUCCCACAAGGAAAAACGCCCCAUGGAUGCCAAGGGUGAUGAGAAGUCUUCUGCUUUGAGCAGAGAGAAAUCACACAAGGCCCUCUCCAAAGAGGAAAACCGCAGGCCGCCCUCAGGGGAUAGCACAAAGGAGAAACUGCCCUCAGGUGGUGUGAAGAAAGAGAAGGAAAGGGAGGGCAAGAAGAAGCUUUUGCCCCCUUUGGAGACUGCUUCAGACAACCACCUUAAAAAGCCAAAGCACAGAGACUCGGAGAAAACCAAAUCAGACAAAAACAAGCAAAGUCUGGACAGCUUAGACAUAGGAAAAGGAGACCUGUUGCCCAAGGUAAAAGAGAAGGUUUCGAACAACCUAAAGACUCAAGAAGGGAAAGUAAAAACUUCCAAUUUGGAUAGAAAGUCACUGGGCUCCUUCCCCAAAGGUGAGGAUGCAGAUAUGGAGGAUGAGUUCGAGCAGCCCACCAUGUCUUUUGAAUCCUACCUCAGCUAUGACCAGCCCCGAAAGAAAAAGAAAAAGGUUGUGAAAACUUCAGCCACGGCACUUGGAGCAAAAGGACUUAAAAAAAGUGAUUCUAAAAGCACUAGUAAAAACUUGGACUCAGUUCAGAAAUUACCUAAGGUGAACGAGAACAAGUCAGAGAAGCUGCAGCCAGCUGGAGCCGAUUCAGCCAAGCUGAAAAAGGUCCCUGAUGUGUUGCCAGUGUUGCCAGACCUCCCGCUACCCAUGAUACAGGCCAAUUACCGUCCACUGCCUUCCCUUGAGUUGAUGUCCUCCUUCCAACCAAAGCGAAAAGCAUUCUCUUCACCCCUGGAAGAAGAAGAAGCUGGAUUCACUGGACGCAGAAUGAAUUCCAAAAUGCAGGUGUAUUCUGGUUCCAAGUGUGCCUAUCUCCCCAAAAUGAUGACCUUGCACCAGCAGUGCAUCCGGGUACUUAAAAACAACAUCGAUUCAAUCUUUGAAGUGGGAGGAGUCCCAUAUUCUGUUCUUGAACCUGUUUUGGAGAGGUGUACACCUCAUCAGCUAUAUCGAAUAGAAGAAUACAAUCAUGUAUUAAUUGAAGAAACAGAUCAAUUAUGGAAAAUUCACUGUCACCGAGACUUUAAGGAAGAAAGACCAGAAGAGUAUGAGUCCUGGCGGGAAAUGUACCUGCGGCUUCAGGAUGCCCGAGAGCAGCGGCUACGAGUGCUAACAAAGAACAUCCAAUCCGCACAUGCCAAUAAGCCCAAAGGCCGACAAGCAAAGAUGGCCUUUGUCAACUCUGUGGCCAAGCCGCCUCGUGACGUCCGGAGAAGGCAGGAGAAGUUUGGAACAGGAGGAGCAGUUGUCCCGGAGAGAGUCAAGUAAGAUCUCUGCUCCUGCUUGGUUUUUGCCGGCUCAGGGAAGAGAGCCCCAGGAGCUUGUCAUCAACUUCAACAGGUUGCCAUAGGGCCAGGAAGGGACUCAUUUUGGGGGGCAAAAGUAAGGUAGUGUGGAGUGUGGGUUCUGGAGGCCGACCUUGACCAGCUCAGCACUUUACCUCCCUGAGCCUCAGUUUCCUGGACUGCAGUGUGAGCCACAUAAUUAUUGGUGCCUCUCAGGGAGUCAAGAGUAAAUGGAUAGCACCCU